AUGACCCGACGAAUUGAAGAUUUUGAUGAGUUUUGUGAUCCAGACAAUCCAAAAAUAUUAAAGUAUGAGGAAGUAUCAGAAGCAUCUGCUUUGAUUAAUCCUUAUAUUCAACGCGUAUCAUUGUUGUCUUCACACAGCUCAAAGAAAUUUGCAAUCAAUUUGCAUUACAAAUGUGAAAAUCUGCAGAGAACUGGCAGCUUUAAAGAAAGGGGUGUCAUAAACGCGUUGCUGCACCUUCCACUGGACAAGAAGAAAUUGGGCGUGGUUGUGGCUUCACUAGGGAACGAAGGCAUUUCGAUGAGCUAUUACGGCGCUAAGUUUAACAUACCGGUGAUAAUCGUGAUACCAACUAGUGUCCAGAUCAACUACACGCAGAGAUGCCACAGCUAUGGGGCUAAAGUGCUCGUGCAAGGCUCAAACUUAGCAGAAGCAAUGAGAUACGCUCGAGGCAUUGCACGAGACAAAGGUCUAACGUAUAUAAACAGUCGAGAUCACCCGCACAUGCUGUCUGGCUACGGCACUCUAGCGUCGGAGAUCCUCCAGGAAAUGCCAUCAGUAGAUGCUAUCAUGGUCCCGAUCGGCACCGGAGGCUUGGCUGCUGCGGUGUCUAGCGUCGUCAAACACCUCAAGCCGAAAUGCCUUGUCUAUGGUAUCCAACCGGAGACUACUCCGACCUUCUUCAAGAUGCUGCAGCACAGUGACAACGAGCCAGUACUGGUGGUCAACAAGCCGACCAUGGCUGACAGCACCUCCGUCACACAAAUCGGCGUCAACUCCUUCGCCAUGGUGCAGCCGUACCUUGACAAAAUGUUGUUGGUGAAAGAGGAGUGGAUAGCUCGAGCUAUGCUGCACAUGUUCGAGAGACAGAAGAUGGUGGUGGAGGGCGCCGCUGCGUGCCCGCUCGCUGCCAUAUUAGGCAGCCUCGUGCCGGAGCUCAAGAUGAAAAAUGUAGUGAUGGUUCUAACUGGAGGCAAUGUGAACAACCUCCUGUAUUCCCGAUGCUUGGAGCGCGGCCUGUCCGCCGAAGGCCGUCUUGUCAAGUUCACGGUGGGAAUACAAGAUAACACACCAAGCCAAAAGCAACUACUCAAUUUGCUAGCGAGCGGCGGAUACGAUUUGAUACAUCAGUUCCAAACUCACAAGUGGCUUGACUACGACGAAUACAAACUGGAGAUGUGUCUAGUCUGUGCAGCCAAACACCUAGAACACGCAUUAGAGUUGAAGAGAAUCAUAGACCGCGCAUACCCAUUCAAUGUUGUAUUCGAGACGGAACCCUUCAAUGACAAGAGAACCUGCCCGUGCUAUGUUUAUAAAAAUAUUUGCGUAUAUUAAAUUGUACUGGUUACUUGCUUACGAGGUUGAGUACGCGCUUUAUACUGAAGAAAAUAUUGUAAUACCUACUUUCGAUUUGUGAAAAUAAAUUAUAAAACUACGAAUGUCUCUAUGACUGUCUUUUGCAGAAUAAAUAUUAUCUUUCUUUCUUUCUACAAUGACUAAAUCUACCUACUGCUAUUGGCAUAACAUACAGGAAACAGAAUCUCAAUCAGUAAUGUUGCCCGAUUUCCUAUAAGUACCUACUGUUGUGUCCAGUGGAAAGACUUUAGUAAAGCCACAGAAAUGUCAUAGCUUUUUAUCAA